ACAGUGAGUGACGUUCUUGAGAAGAAAGCCUACCAAAGAAGAAGAAAAUGGAUCCAGGAAGUGCAAGCUAGCUAACCAUCUGUCUUGUGUAAUAGGUCUAGUUUUCAUGUUUCAUUAAGAUAAAUAUGACAUUAUAUUAGGUAGAUUUAUAUUGUAGAAAGAAAUGCCUUUGCUAAUACAAAAUAGAAGAAUCGAACGACCAGGUUCGACAGUCGAUUUGUUCGCCAGAUAUCCGCAUUUGCAGGAAAACGCCCGAGUAUUUCGGUCCAAGCCGGUUGUAGAUGUCGACCCGAAGUGCCUCCUAUACAUACAGCAACGAGAGUUUGCAGCCACAACACCAGCGGACAACUCUGUCGCUGUCCUUGGUUCUGAUGAUGCAACCACCUGCCACCUAGUUCUGGUGCGACACACAGGAAGUGGAGCUGCUUGCCUUGCUCACUGUGAUGGCUCCAGCACGUGGAGUGAGGUUCCCCUCAUCGUCAAAGCUGUCACAUCUCUGAGCAAGGACCCUGCCAAGGAGGGCAGGCUGGAGCUCCACCUCGUUGGAGGUUUUGAUGAUGAGUCAAAGACGUCCCACAAACUCAGCCUUAACCUAUUGUCGGCCUUCCAGAGACAGAAAGAGGAUAUUCACCUAGAGACCUGCUGCAUCACAGAGAUGAAUGACGUCUUAGUGGACGGAGCGCACAGACCGGGUGUGCAUGGCAUAGGAAUAAAUAUUAAAACAGGGGAGGUGUUCCCCGCCUCGUUCCCUCACAAAGGACCCGCGGAGGAGCUGCGAUCAGCACGGACAUUCACUGGGGGCCAGAUGGCUGAUAUAUAUGACUCGAACAAAGGAGUUGUGAAGAUCGGCCCAUGUAAGUGGUCCCCGAAUCUGGAUAUUUCCUUCUGGCUGUCGCAAGACGAUGACACCAUCUUAAAGUACCUAUCCACGUCCCCUACGGCUGAGCCACCACACUUUGUCCAGCACAUCAAGUCCACCAUCCAGUUCCUCCUGGAGCACCCCAGUUCAGACAGCGUCUUCCCUGGAGGACAGCCCCAGCACUACCGCAGAACAGAGCAGGGGGACUGGGAGAAUGUUAACCAGACAUAAAGGGCUUGAGGCUCUUCUCUAACCCCCUGUUACUUUGACUUUCCCUGGAAUCUGUCCAGAAAUGGAAUCACUCCUUAACUUCUGGAAGACAAGACACUGUGACCCUCCUCUUUACGCCAUUGUGGGCGUCACAUGUUAUUGUUUUUUUGACUUGGUACCAGUACUCCCUGUAUAUAGCCUCUUUAUUUUAAUUUGAUUGUUGCUCUUAUUUUUUACUUUUGUUUAUUUAGUAAAUAUUUUUCUUAACUGCAUUGUUGGUUAACGGCUUGUAAGUAAGCAUUUUAUAGUAAGGUAAAAUUGUAUUUGGCGCAUGUGACAAAUAAAAUUUGAUUUGAUUUAUCCGUGGUAGCUAUGUACAGUACAGAGCUAUCUGGAUUGAACCCCAGUGCUGUAUCUAUGGACUGUCUGUCUCAUAGUUUACCAGACUUUUUUUGUAUAUGUCUUAUUUUAAAUCAACAAUACAGACAAUACAAAUGUCCGCUCCCACAGAGAGUGCUCUGGUCAGAGGGUGCUCUGGUCAGUGGGUGCUCUGGUCAGUGGGUGCUCUGGUCAGUGGGUGCGCUCACCCCCAGCUGCCCCGAGGGGCUAACAAGGCAAGGCCCCGGCCCAAAGAGAUUUUCCAAGGGCUGGAAAAACCAAGCCCGACUCGCGGGCGGGCAUGAAAGAAAGCGCACCCAUAAAUACCAGGACCAGCACACACACAGCAUGAAGCCAAACCACAAAACAUAAAUAACGAAAAGCAAAACAUAGAAUAAUCACAUCCCACCCUCACCCCUGAUUGGAGGACCUCAAACAUUUACCCUGUACAUUUCUGUAUAUACUUACUUCAACACUCAUAAAUUCCGCCCUUCCGACAGCCACAGAUCAACCCAUCUUUCUCAAUAAAUCAUCAUUCUACCAUGGUGUCUCACUAGGGACUUGAACCUCCCCAACUGCAACAUUUCUGCUGAAAUUGCCUUAAAAAUAAAUAUUUAUUUAGUUUACUUGACUGGCUGGCCCCAGUGAAGACAGGACAGGCAGAGCUAUAUGUAUUUGUCCCAAAUAGCAACCUUUUCCCUAUUUAGUGCAGUCAUAGGGCCAUAGGGUUCUGGUCAAAAGUAGUGCACUAUGUAGGGAAUUGGGGUACAAUUUGGGACAGAUGAUAUCUUUCUAUUACUAAUGAUUGUUGUUGGGAUGUUAUCAUUCUUGAGUUAGCGAAUGUCUGCACCCACGCGGUCUGUUGGAUUGCACAAUGUGUUCAUCUGAGUCCUACUAUGCUAUUAUCUGCUGUAGUCAUGUUAUCCAAUAGCUGUAGAUGUACCCUUAAUGGACAAAACAUUAAGAACACCUUCCUAAUAUUGUUUCACCACCUUUUGCCCUCAGAACAGUGGCUGCUUGCUACUUCUUUGUCACAUUUUAGCUAGGCAGGUUAGGAGAAUGAGGUUAAGGUUGGGGAAAUGGUUAGGCUUAGCUAAAAUGUUACAAGGAAGCAGAAAACAUCCAUGCAAAAAGGUCUCGAGUGGCAACCAAUCUGGCCAAUUAGCUGUUAGGUUUCCAUACACUCACUUACAUUGAUCCUCCCAAUUAUUUAGUAACGCCUACUUUCAAACUCUCCAUGUAUGCACUUGCCCAUGACUCAAAUUUGCAUCAAUGACUAAGGUCUGUCAGGAUCAAUUUUUCCUCAAUAUUGAACCAUUUUGAAAAACAUUCUCAUGAACCAGAAGUCCAAAUAACAUGGGUAUGUGGCAGGUUUCUUAACUUAGUUUGAGAAAAGCUAAGGGGUUGGUUAAAAGAUGGCUGAGUUAUUGAUAAACCAAUCUUUAUUAAUGGACACAUUUUCCUUUGUAAAUUCAUUUCACAGUGGCCUAUCAACCAAAGACAUUGCCAUGAUGAACCAUCAUAAGGAAACUACUGUAUUAACAAUUCACUUUUUUGACUAUGUCAUGAGUUUGAGUAAGGUUGGAUGUCUUGCGUUUAUAGCCAUGGUGAUCAACUGGAUGGAGCGGAAAUCACAGAAGAUAUAUGUGGUAGUUGCAGCAGAGAAAUAUUUGGGUGUGAGAGAUUUUAGUGCAGAAGAUCUACAGGAAGUUUUGAGAGAAGGGGUUCCAUCAUUCCAGGCCGAUGGUCUGGUUUAGGAUCGUUUAGGGCCAAAGUAGUGGGAUGGGGUGGUGGAUUUGGGGGGAUAGUGUAUAGGUGCAGUGUUAGAUGGUGGUGCAAUUCAAGAUUUCCCCAUUCCCCUUUUCUUUUCUUUUAGGACCAAUGUGUAAUCCGCAUUGCGAAAGGCAGGUAGCCUAAAGGUUAGAGUGUUGUGACAGUUACCGAAAGGUCACUGGUUCGAAAACCCAAUCCGACAAUGUGAAACAUUUCUAUGUGACCUUGAGCAAGGUACAGCCCACACAUGGCCCCAAUAUGCAACACAGCAUCUAGUCUAUUUCAAAUUCAGAAGAUUUUAAAAAGAUAAAUAUAUUAAAACAUUUCAUUAUUUUCAUUAUUAUUCCAUGUUGAUGUCUUUUGAAUUUGAAAGACAUACCGGCUCAUUUUUCUCAAAGUCCACACAUGGCCCAUGUUUUCCCUUUGAGGACCCCAGCCAAAUAAUGGUAAUUCAAUGCAACAAAAAAAGCUAACAAUUUAAAAUGGGUUGAAGAUGGACCAGCCUAUCAAGCAUUUGUCAGAACUCUCCCAUGUCCAGUUAGCUGUUUAUGUCUUAUAAUGUGUCCUCUUACUGUUAUUUCUGAUGUGGCAUAAAAACAACAAUUCCUAAUA